CAAAGUCAACUCUUGGUGGCGCGUGACAUGUAACGAUAAGUUACAUAACUUGAAAGUAAACAAGUGGCUUGUUUGAUGGAUUAAUGUUGCCAUAUAAGUAUCUUCGAAUAUCCGAGUUUUACCCACUAUGAAUUUGGCAUUGAGGAGUCUUUAUACAAGAACUGCUUUUUGCAGUUCAACUUCAAUGGUACACGGACCACGUUUCCGAAUCCAAGUGUCUCUGAACAGAACCGCUAAAAUAAAUCAGGAUGGUCAUGAUGGUCGUGAUUGCGCAUGGACCAGAUUGUUAACUGCAGGUGUAAGUACAUCUACGAAUGAAAUGGCUGAAAAGAAGUUGAAGGUGUUAUAUGAUGGUGAUUGUCCACUCUGCAUGCAAGAGAUCAAAUUUGUGCAGUACAUGAACAAGAAGAAAGAUACUCUGGAGCUUGUUAACAUUGCGUCACCAGAUUACAAUCCAGAAGAGAACAAUAGAAUCUCCUAUGAGACAGCUAUGGGUGUAAUGCAUGUCAUUGGACCAAAUCAGCAGGUGUAUACCAAAGUUGAUGCUGUGUAUGAGAUGUAUUCUGCCCUUGGAUUGAGGUGGAUAGUUGCCUACAUGAGAUGGCCAUUACUCUCUACAUUCUUUGAAUGGGCCUACAUGGUGUUUGCAAGACGCCGCCUCCAGUGGACUAGAAGCUGGCGAGGAUGUGAGACUGCAAAGUGUCAAAUAGAAAACCAACCGCCAUCGAAUAAGGAGAAGUCUUGACUGACUCAAUGGAUAUUUUUAUUCAAAUAUUGCUGUGAUGUUCAUGGUUUGCUAUUAACAUUGGCUUCUACCUCUAGAAUCAAUUUCUACAUUGAGAACAUUCACUUAUAUUGAAAGGUAAUUUCACACCUUUUAUCCAUAACUACAGAGGUACAAUGUAUUUCUAUCACUGUUUGAAUUCCUCAUAUUUGUAAUUGGAAUUGUCAGCAUUAAUUGUUUGGCACAUACGACCAGUGCAUUAAAAUAAACACUUGUUAACGUAGGCUAUCAUCUUGUGGCUGAUUGUUUGUAUAGUAAAUACAAUGUCACAGUCAAUGUGAUGCAGAUAGGAUUUAAUUGACUCCAUUUGGUCUUUAGUUCCAUGUGUUCACGAGCAAUUGAAUUCCAUUGUAUCAGCUUGCAUUUGGAACAAUCUUUCUGAAGUCAUUUUUUUUUUUCAAUUUAAGCUUGGAUCUGAUCCGAGCACAUUCUUUUGCAUGCCUUUUCACUCACGGUGAGAAUGAGACCUGCUUAAUUUCCAUAUUAAUUUAGUAUCAUGCAUUUUAGUCAUUUGGAGGUCAUAUUAUUUACAUGUAUUUAGUAAAUUGAUUUGUUGAUACCAACUAUACACUGUGUAUCAUUGAUACUGUCCAACACAAUUGAUUAGGCCAAAAAAAGUUUUGCUUCCGGUUUCCCUACCUACCCUUUUCUGACAGCCCUUACCCUAAUAUUUUUUAAGGGGAAAAUGAGCAAAAAAAACAGCUAAAACCAUGAAUUUCUACCAUUUACUCUGGACUACACACAGACGCCUCGAUAUGAUCGUGCACAACAAAAAUUGGCAAAAUAGAACAUUCCCUACCUACCUACCCUAUUUUCAAAUGCCAUGUAAUCGGAAGCAGAAUUUGUUUUGGCUUUAGUAAAUUCUGAUAUUAAAAUAAUGAUUUGUACAUUUA